AUUGAGAAGAGAGAGGUAGAGAGAAAGAGCAAGAUCUUUAGAGAGAGAAAUGUAGAGUGAGAGUUGAGGGGGGAGAAUUGAUGGAUGGACGGUAGGGAGAGAUAACAAGAUUUUAGAGAGAGAAAUGUAGAGAGUGUGUAAGAAUUGGGAGAUCAGCAAAAAUUCGAAUGCUCGUUGAUAUUGUACCUGGACAGGAGUUUCGAGGGCGGGGUUUCAGCUCACCUCAAGGUCAAGCAUGGCGAAAAGACUCAGGAAUAUGUGUAAGAUCAGGCCAAACCAAACCAGGGAGAACUGUAAUGUACAGAAGUUGAUGCUCUGAAGUGGGGGAAUUACAAAAAUGGGCAAGGAAUUACAUUUGCUCAAUGGAGAGAUAUCAAAAUUUGAUGCAUCUGAUGGCUCUUCUUCAGUUAUAAGCCUCGAAAUUCACGAUCCCAUGUCGAAUGCUAAUGGGAAUUCCUCUUCAUUGAUAAGCCUGGAAACUCAUGACCCCAUGCUGAGUGCUAAUGGAAAUUCCUCUUCAGUUAUAAGCCUUGAAUCUUAUGACCCCAUGCCGAAAGCUAAUGGAAAUUCCUCUCCAGUUAUAAGCCUCAAAACUCAUGAUCCCACAUCAAUUGCUAAUGGAGAAUUCUCUUCAGCUAUAAGCCUAGGAACUCAUGAACUCAUGCCGAAUGCUCAUGGAGGGACAAAAAUAUCUCAAAAUGAGGCUCCCAAAUCUGCAUCUUGCGAUGAAACACUGGGUGGAAAUAAGGACCAAUAUUGGUGUCACUCAGUUACUGAAGUUGUCAAGACAUACAAAAGAAGGAAACUCGUGAAUAAGAGGGGGCUCAGGGUGACCUUGUUGUCGCAACUGUCGCUGCAGCAGAUGCACUUUUGUUUAUGAAGGAAACAGAAAUCCCCCCCAAUGGGUCCCCUUGCUCCCUCUCGAUGAUGGAUUGUUCAAAGGAUUCUAGUGGUCCAGAAUUCAUGUCUCGUUCCCUUGAUCACCCAUUGGCUACUCAUUUACAUGACUUUGAGAACUUCAAACUUGUUCAAAAUUUGAAGGAAUAUGUGGCCAAGCGAGGGAUUGUUCUUGGACCAGGGUGGAAAGCGCAGAUCAGUUUUUGCAGUCGAAAAGGGUUGCAUUCUUACUUCUCUCCGAGUGGUAAGGCUUUCACAUCUAUGAAGGCUGCUGCAAAGUUUCUUCAGGAGGAGAGAGAAAAGGAACUUCCCAUGAUUCUUGCAAGUUGUUCGGAGAGGUUUGAGAAUAUUUCCUAUAGGAGUGCUUCUGUUUGUCCCCAUUCCAUUGUUCUCUCAAAGGAAAUCUUUUUAGCAAGCUCAUUGAGAAAUCAAUCGCUUAUAAAAAAAGUGAAGUUUGAUCCUCACGCGUCGGAACCACUGGCUCUGCAAAGCAUUCUUCCUUCAGGUGGAAAUAGUUUCAGUGGUGUAGGUCAACACUAUGAUCGGGAAGCUAUAGACCCAGUCUCAGAGCAAUUGGAUGAAGAGGGUAUUAGCUAUCAUCAGAGGCCAGGAAAGACUCGAAAUUAUAUGGCCCUUAAUGAUGUCCUCAAGGAAGAUAACGUAGAUAUUGCUGGCAGAUUUCCUACCAAGGAGGGUAAUCAUACAGAGGCUCUGAGAUUAGAACAAUGUGAGAGCAUUUUCCAUGAUGUCCAUAUCUCAGAGCAGCUCACAUCCUUGUGUGAUCUAUUUUGUGGGAGCUUUAAUGACAUCAAGAAGGGCAACAUUUUUGGUCUUAACUUCAUUGAUUUAAGGAUGAAAUCCGGACUUUACGCUCAGUCUCCUGAGCACUUUGCUUCAGAUUUGCGGCAGAUAUGCAAGCAUCUUCUGGAUAUUGGCCAGGAAAUGGCUGUUCUUGCCGGUGAUCUCUUAGAGAAUUUUCAGACUUCCCAUCAGAAAAAGCAAGUCAACCAACAGGGCACUAAGGAAACAAAUUCCACCCUUCCCAGGUCAACCGCGAGAAAAUCUUCAUUUCAUGAAUUUGAUCUCCAUCCCACACCUAUGGAAUUAGGAGCUUGCGCAGAUGGAGUAUGCCGGCUUUGUGGAAAAAAUGCGGAAGAUGACGACUGUAUCCUUAUAUGUGAUGGGUGUGAGGCCUCUUAUCAUAUGUAUUGCCUCUCCCCUGCUCUCGAGGAGGUCCCCCAUGGGAGCUGGUACUGCCAAGCAUGCUCUGCUGCUCGAAAGGAAUCCUCAGCAACCAAUGACACUGCUGAAAAUGAUGAAGCGGCUCACUCUGAUAUCGGUGAUAAUGGUGGCAUGAGGCAUCACUGUGUGGUUUGUGAGAGAUUAUAUAAUCUACAAUUGCAGAAACUAAAGGGGGAAAACAGAAUGAAAAGGAAUUCGGGAAACAAGAGCCAAUGGGGAAAGAGAAGUGGUGGGGGAAUCGACCCCAAGGACUCUGAUAAGAUGAAUAAUGUAUCCAUUAUUGAGGAACCGAAAAUAUCUAUUAAGAAAGGAAGCAAGGAAUCGGGGUCAUGCAAAAUGUGUGGAAGUAGUAAAAGGGGUGACAAGGACAUGGCAAAGUGUGCGAACAAGGGUUGCUUUUUCAAGUAUUACCACAUUUUGUGUUUGGAGCCUCCAUUGAAAAGUCUUCCGCCACCCGGAUGGUACUGUCCCUCCUGUCUUUGUAGGGUUUGCCUUAUUGAUGAGAAUGAUGAUCGAAUUGUCCUCUGCGAUGGAUGUGAUGAGGGAUAUCACACCUAUUGCAUGAAUCCUUCACUCCUAAACAUACCGAAAGGUAAAUGGUACUGUAGUUCUUGUCGAGAGAAGCAGAUACCAAAUGGGCUAAAAAUACCAAGACGGGUCGUACCUUAGGGAAGCCCCAUUUGAGGGAAAGGCCUAUCAGGAAAGUUUCAACAGUGGAACAUUGGGCUGGUCCUUUUUGUAGCAUUUUGAAAGCGGUUUCGAAGUUCUCCUUCUGUAGUUUACACGUGUAGAAGACUCGCCAGCCCAGUUGGUUAGCAUUGAUUCAAGACCCUUGUAGACACAAAACUGGUUUUGUAUGUUGAAUUUAUCAGUUGUUCCCGACCACAGUUUGAGCUUUCAUUUGGGAAUUAAAGGGCUUGCAGCUGCAAAAUCCCAAUGAACCAAAUUGUUCGGAGAAUGGUGAUCCACAACAUGGUAGGUGGGCAUGGUAGCCAUGUCCAGAGUGAAUAUGUAGAAAUAUGUAGAGAAACUGGUUCAGCCAGACUCAUGGUUAAAAUGAUUCAGGGCCUUGUGUACAGCACGUUGAUGGUAUGUAUCCUUCAUUUGCCUUUCUGCAUGACUCAGCACGAAAUCUUCUCCUUGGUUUCUAGUUUA